UCAUCUCUGCCCCGCUAUUGCAAAGCUUCCGGCCGCGUUGACCUGCCCAGCGCCACUGCGACGUGAACCGCGGAUUCGUCCAUCUGGUAUUAUUAAUUUGCCUAAUUAAAGCUCUGCGGUGUACAUAGAGAUAAUCGCGUUUUCCCCGACAUAUAAAGCUGUUGGUGCUCCCCGGAUUUAAAAGGGGUAUCAGAUAUCGCUUUUGUCUUUUUUUUCUCUUUUUUUCCCCCUCAGGGUUAUCGUACAAUCCAAUUCAAUCCAGUCCAAAGAAAACGAAAGAAAAAACACAAUGGCGUCCAAGACCUGGAAUGUCGGAAUUAUAGGCUACGGUUUCAGUGCCAAGAUCUUCCACAUUCCUUUCGUCAAUGCGCUGCCCGACUACAAGCUAUAUGCAAUUGUGCAGAGAACACCCAAGCCCGAUGACGAUGCGGAGAAGGACUGGCCGGGUAUCAAGUCGUACCGCAGCGCGGAGGAGUUAGUGAAGGAUGAGAGUGUCGACGUGGUGAUUGUGACGACGGCUCCGGACUCGCAUGUUGCUCUGACCAAGCUGGCCCUGGAGGCGGGGAAGCAUGUUGUCGUCGAGAAACCCUUCACACCGACCUCCCAGGAAGCAGAUGAGCUUGUUGCUCUGGCUAAAAAGCAGAACAAGCUGCUGACGGUUUACCAAAACCGCCGCUGGGACUCUGACUUCGUCACUGCUUCUCAACUCAUCAAGAACGGGACUCUGGGCCGUGUCGUUGAAUACGAAACUCACUUCGACCGUCAUCGUCCCGAAGUCCCUGCUAACUCGACCUCCUGGAAGACACAGAUCAUUCCCGCGGGUGGUGCCAUCUAUGACCUGGGCACGCACCUGCUCGACCAGGCAUACCACCUGUUCGGAAAGCCAGACAAGGUGACUGGAUUCAUCGGGACACAGAGAGAGAACAACACGACUGGGUUCGAAGACUCUUUCACAGUGCUGCUGCACUAUGCCAAGGGACCUUUGGUGACCGCCAAGGCUGCAGUUGUUAGUCCAGAGGAGAAACAGCUCAGAUUCUGGAUCCGCGGAGACAAGGCCAGUUACAAGAAGUUCCACCUCGACGUCCAGGAAGACCAGCUCAAGGCGGGCCUCAGACCAGGCAACAACGGCUACGCUGAAGAAUCCCCUGACAAAUACGGUGUCCUGACCACCAUCAAGGACGGCAAGCCCGUCGCAGAGACCUACCCUACCGUCCAGCCCCCGACAUAUACCGAAUACUACCGCGUCCUUGCCCGCGCUCUUGCUGGCCAGGGCGAAGUCCCCGUCAAGCCUGAGGACUCUAGCGCUGUUAUUCGAAUUAUCGAGCUGGCCAAGGAGAGUUCGAAGCUGGGUAAGACGCUGGAUGUUUAAUUUGUCACGCCUGUAUGUAAUGAAAUAAAGCGCACAAUAUACCCUGAUUAGGACAAUAGAUAGCUAUGUAUAUCUUUCUGAAACCUAGCAUAUAAUUCAUUAUACAAUAUGAAGUUUCCUG